GUCGGGGGGCGGCGGCGGCGCUGGAUCCGCGGCUGCCCGAGCGUUGGCGGGAGAUGUCGAACCCCGGGACGCGCAGAAACGGCUCCAGCAUCAAGAUCCGUCUGACAGUGUUAUGUGCCAAGAACCUUGCAAAGAAGGACUUCUUCCGGCUCCCGGACCCCUUCGCGAAGAUCGUCGUGGACGGGUCUGGCCAGUGCCACUCAACCGACACCGUGAAAAACACGCUGGACCCAAAGUGGAACCAGCAUUACGACCUGUACGUGGGGAAGUCGGACUCCAUAACCAUCAGCGUGUGGAACCACAAGAAGAUUCACAAGAAGCAGGGCGCCGGCUUCCUGGGCUGCGUGCGCCUGCUCUCCAACGCCGUCAGCCGGCUCAAAGACACCGGAUAUCAGCGUUUGGAUCUAUGCAAACUAAACCCCUCGGAUACUGACGCAGUUCGUGGCCAAAUAGUGGUCAGCUUACAGACACGAGACAGGAUAGGCACCGGCGGGUCCGUGGUAGACUGCAGGGGACUACUAGAAAAUGAAGGAACCGUGUACGAAGACUCGGGGCCUGGGAGGCCGCUCAGCUGCUUCAUGGAGGAGCCAGCCCCUUACACGGAUGGCACUGGAGCCUCCGGCGGUGGCGGGAACUGCAGGUUCGUGGAAUCCCCGAGUCAAGAUCAGAGACUUCAGGCACAACGGCUGCGGAAUCCUGAGGUCCGAGGAUCGCUCCAAACGCCACAGAACCGACCCCACGGCCACCAGUCCCCGGAACUGCCCGAAGGCUACGAGCAAAGAACCACAGUCCAGGGCCAAGUGUACUUCCUGCACACACAGACCGGAGUCAGCACGUGGCACGACCCCCGGGUACCCAGUCCCUUGGGGACCAUUCCUGGGGGAGAUGACGCUUUUCUAUGCGAGUUCCUUCUCCAAGGCCAUACAGCUGAGCCCAGAGACCUCAACAGCGUGAACUGUGAUGAGCUCGGCCCGCUGCCCCCCGGCUGGGAAGUCAGGAGCACGGUGUCGGGCAGGAUCUACUUCGUCGACCACAAUAACCGCACCACGCAGUUCACGGACCCGAGGCUGCACCACAUCAUGAAUCACCAGUGCCGGCUGAAGGAGCCCAGCCAGCCCCCGCCCUUGCCCAGCGAAGGCUCGGUGGAGGACGAGGAGCUGCCUGCCCAGAGGUACGAGCGCGACCUCGUCCAGAAGCUCAAAGUCCUCAGGCACGAGCUGUCGCUGCAGCAGCCGCAGGCCGGCCACUGCCGCAUCGAAGUUUCCCGAGAAGAAAUAUUUGAGGAGUCUUACCGCCAGAUAAUGAAGAUGCGCCCGAAGGACUUGAAGAAGCGGCUGAUGGUGAAGUUCCGCGGGGAGGAGGGCCUGGACUACGGCGGCGUGGCGAGGGAGUGGCUUUACUUGCUGUGCCAUGAGAUGCUGAACCCCUACUACGGGCUCUUCCAGUACUCCACGGACAACAGCUACAUGCUGCAGAUCAACCCCGACUCCUCCAUCAACCCCGACCACCUGUCUUACUUCCACUUCGUGGGCCGGAUCAUGGGCCUGGCCGUGUUCCACGGGCACUACAUCAACGGCGGCUUCACGGUGCCCUUCUACAAGCAGCUGCUGGGGAAGCCCAUCCAGCUGUCGGACCUGGAGUCGGUGGACCCGGAGCUGCACAAGAGCCUGGUGUGGAUCCUGGAGAACGACAUCACGCCGGUGCUGGACCACACGUUCUGCGUGGAGCACAACGCUUUCGGGCGGCUCCUUCAGCAUGAACUCAAGCCCAAUGGCAGGAACGUGCCCGUCACGGAGGAGAACAAGAAAGAAUACGUCCGGCUGUACGUGAACUGGAGGUUCAUGCGCGGGAUCGAGGCCCAGUUCCUGGCCCUGCAGAAGGGCUUCAGCGAGCUCAUCCCUCAGCACCUCCUGAAGCCGUUCGACCAGAAGGAGCUGGAGUUGAUCAUAGGCGGCCUGGACAAGAUCGACUUGAACGACUGGAAGUCGAACACGCGGCUCAAGCACUGCGUGGCCGACAGCAACAUCGUGCGCUGGUUCUGGCAGGCGGUGGAGACCUUCGACGAGGAGCGGAGGGCCCGGCUCCUGCAGUUCGUCACGGGGUCCACGCGCGUGCCGCUCCAAGGCUUCAAGGCCUUGCAAGGUUCCACAGGCGCCGCAGGGCCCCGGCUGUUCACCAUCCACCUGAUAGACGCCAACACAGACAAUCUUCCCAAAGCGCACACCUGCUUUAACCGGAUCGACAUCCCCCCGUACGAGUCCUACGAGAAGCUCUACGAGAAGCUGCUGACCGCGGUGGAGGAGACCUGUGGGUUUGCCGUGGAGUGAAGAGCAGCCCCAGGCAGCCGACUCUAGCUCACGCCCACCAGACCAGCGUACGCGUCUGUGCGCCUCCCGCAGCGCGGGCUGAGGUCCUGGGAUUCUGGAAACCCAAGGGACAGGGUCGACUCCCUCCUUCUCACCGGGGAGGGAGGGAGCAGGGACUUGGGUUGGUGGCUCCCACCCGUCAUCUUGGUCACAGUCCUCUCCCCUCCAUCACCCAUCGAAUAAAGCGGCCGGCGUAGCCUCUCACCGCCAGUUGCACGUGGCGACCAGGCUCGCUGGCCCCUGCUCCUCCGGGGCCCGAGCCCCGCUGAGGGUCUGGAACCGGCCGCUGGUCCCCCCCGGGGCUCCUGCUCCGUCACUGGCCUGAGGUCUGGAGGCCUGGGCUGCUUCCUGUCCGGGGAGCCUGGCUGAAAGAUGUCUCCCAGCCCGGGACCAACUCCUCCUCCUUUGCCGCGUUCUUUAUCCCGUGGGAAGGCUUCUCAGUGAGAGUGCCACGCGAGGAAGCCACCAAAGCGCAGGGCAGAGCGGCAGAGGCAGGCCCACCCAGUCCCUGUGUCACAGCCAGGGGCUGUGGGGUCACACUCGCCCAGGCGCCUCCUGGGCAGAGCGAGGCCACAGCCAGGCCACCCCAACGUUCCCAGCCCAUUUCCACUGCGCAUAGAAGUUCAACAGUGUUCGUUUUCAUGGAGCGGCCCAAGUUCUGUGGACACAGGUUCCCCGGGGGGUGUGUUCUCUUGUCUGGGAGCGGGGGCGGGGAGAGUACAGGGUAGUUCAUUCGCAAGACAUUUCACUGCUGUCGACUUUGAGUUGGGCCCUGGGCGUCCGCCGUGGCCGCCCUGGCUGCUACCGGGCCUGCAGGCGCAGUCUGUGGUUGGGGGGGGCGGGGAACUGGGGUGGGCAUGGGCGCUGCACUGCCUGCCUCGCAGGCUCCAGGGUAGAAGGUGGCCCAGGCGGGCCUGGAGGUGGGAGGAAGAGUCCAUGCGUUCCGCAAGUCCUGGCGACCCCGUGGGCCUCGUUCCCAAGUUCUGCCUUGCCUGUCGGCUUCUGCGGCUCCUUCCCGUGGUGCCCCGGGCCCCAGCCCUGCGGUAGUAUGCGAAGGAAGGCAGGGUCGUGUGGCGUGAGAGACUGCGGGGCGCUAGCUCCAGCGCACUCGGGUGGGGGCACUGCACUGCCGGAGCCUUCAGUUCCUACCAUGGUUUGGUCUUCAAACCACCCCAAAGAACGCCGUGGCGGGCAUCUGGUCCAAGCCCCUGGGCGCUCCACGUGGACGGGUCCGUGUGAGCUCGUCUGUCGUCCCCUCGCGGUCCCGGGCCCGCCUCACCAGCGGUCGUCAGCCGACACUCAGGGAUGCAGCCAGCCACCGCCCUGCCAGCCUCUGGGAUGCCAGGCGGCGGCCGGGGACGCCGUGGGGACAGGCGGAGACCAGGCUGUGCCCACGGCAGCCUUCCCGAAACAUAGGAUGAAUUUUUAAAAUUUGCUUAUUUUUGUUUCUCAACCACUUUAUAAUGUAUUUUUAAUUUAUUUUGUAAUGUCUUGUUUUUAAGUAUUGCUGCUAUCCUUGUUAAUCUUCCCACUGUUUUUAUUGCUGAUUUAUUUUGUGAAAGUUGUACACUAAUGUUCUGUUUUAUGUCAAAAUCAAAAGUAUUUAAAGAAAUCCUAGUUCUAUUUACUGUGGUCAUGGAGCCCGCUGGAAACACAAAGCAGACAGCGACUGCACACAGGCUGGCCCCGGGAGGGCAGUUCAUUUUGUUACAUAUGCAAUAAACUCACCACUUUC